CAGUCUUAUGUGUGGACAGGCUUCACAUCUGCUCUACCUGCCACAAAGUGAGCCACACCAACAGGACUUAGAGGAACAACACUUACUCCAGAUCAGCCGCUCCGGAGUCAGAGUGGCAUCAAAAGUGAGGUGCAAAGUAGGGUAUUUUGAUUCAGUUUGCGGAAGUAACCUUUCACAGAAGCUUAAGUUGCUGCGUUGGUGGAGAUGUUUGCUGACUUUGGUUCUAUAUGAAGGAAGAAGGUUGGGGUUUGGACAUUUGUUAUUGAAGAGGAAGUGUAGGGAGAAAAAAAUGGAGGCGCACCCUACUGUCAACUUCAUGAGACUCCUGUCAGAGGAGAGCACCCAUUCCUCCCUGUCGUCCGACUCCUGCGAGUACUAUCAGACAGAGAUAUUUGAUCAGCUGCCCAGCAUACAGGCCAGCCGGCCCGACCAGAACACACAGGGUAAUUGGGAAACCCACCAGGGUGGCCCGGAGACAGGGGAGAGCCAUGGCCACCUGUCCAGAGGACAAAAAGACAAGGCAUCUACACAGCCGCUCAGGAACAUGGUCAUGUGUAUUCAGGGGAAGAGAGAUGCCAGGGACAGGAGGAAGAUGCAAAUCAGCAAUAUUGGUUUUUGGGAGUCCUGGAGGCGGAGCCAGAGCAUCAACAGGAAGAGGUUUUGGGCACAGAUGAGAGGAGCUCUAUUAGGCCUGUUGCCAUGGCAGCGCACUCUCCACGCCAUCGAAGGCCGGUUUGGAGUUGGCGUGAAGGCUUACUUUGUUUUCCUCAGAUAUCUGAUUUACUUAAACCUGCUCCACUGUGCUUUCAUUGGCGGUUUCAUUCUGGGGCCCACAGCAUUUUAUGGCAGGUGCAACAGCAGUGAACCUUUGAAGUUUGGAGGCAAUGACUCCGUUUUGGAUUUCUUCCUGGGAUCGGGCUACCUGGAUCGUUCUCCAGUCUUCUUUGGUUUCUAUACACGUGGUUCUCUAAAUUUACUGUGCUUGAAUACACCUCUGCUAUACCUGGCUGGAAUCCUCACCAUCCUCUUCCUCAGUCUCAUCAUGGUGGUCCGCAGAACGAUAGUUGGCUACAAGCACACCUGGAUGCUCGGGAAGCGUUACAGUAUGAAUGUGAGCUAUAAGAUCUUUUGUGGUUGGGACUUCACCAUCCAGGACCCUGCUUCUGCUACUCUCAAAUGCAGCUUCAUCAGAAACGACCUCAAGCUGUUCCUGGAGGAGCAGAGUUUCUCCCUGCGCAAGGCUCAGAGGACACUUGGACAGAAGGCGCGCCUCUACCUGCUCAGGUUUGUCCUCAACCUGCUCGUUCUGUCUCUGCUGGGCGGAGCCUUCUACCUUAUCUGCUUUGCCACGGAAUGGUCACAGUCUGAGAGUGGGCACCACUGGUUGGUCAGUCUGGUCCUCCAGUACCUCCCUCCCAUCACCAUCACUUUUGUCAACCUGGUGCUCCCUCACAUCUUCCGUAAGAUUUCAUCUUUUGAAGACUACUCUUUCACAACGCAGGUCAAUGUCACUCUUGUGAGGAGCAUCUUCUUGAAGCUGGCCUCACUGGGGAUCUACUUAUUCUUCUUCUUCAUCACAAUAGCAGAACAUCAGCAAUGCAGGGAGAACAAGAUUGGUAGAGAGAUGUACAAGCUGUGCAUCUUCAACUUUCUCGCCACUUUCUGCAAUGCCUUUCUCUUGAACUACCCAAGGAAGUUAGUGCAGGAGAAAUACCCCUCAUCCUUGCUGGCCCGGUUGUCAGGGAAACAGCGCUUUCUGAUCCCAUUCAACGUCUUGGACCUGGUGUACAGUCAGACAGUGUCCUGGGUGGGAGUCUUCUACUGCCCUCUGCUGCCUCUGAUAGGAACUGUCACACUGAUGGCCAUGUUCUACAUCAAAAAGUUCACGGUCCUGCGGUGCUGCGUGGCAGAGCAGAGGAUGUUUCGAGCCUCCAGCUCCUCCGUUUUAUUCCACUUCAUGUUGCUGCUGGGUCUCCUGAUGGCUUCAGUCACAAUUGGCUUCAACUUGUACCAGCAAGAAGUCACACAGAACAUAACGUCCUCCUGUGGUCCAUUUGGAAAUGGAGAAACUGUGUUUAAUGUGAUGGGUGUGUGUGUGGACAGUCUCCCGAGCUUGGCACAGUCCACUCUCCGCUAUCUGGCCUCUGAAGCCUUCGCCCUGCCACUCAUAUUAGCUGAGGUAAUAAUCUUAACCUCAUAUGUGUCACGAGGACGAGCCAAUCAGAAGGCCAUUGAGAGACUGAAAGACAUGCUGGUUAUGAGCAGCUCAGAUAAGCGUUUCCUGGUGAAACAACAUGCCACGAUGCUGAGACGGAAAAAAACACUCACAGACAGAGUCCGUUCUGCACCCAGCGAAGAGGACGCAAACCUCAAACCCCCCUCCACCCAAAGUCACCCAUCUGUCAGACCUGUCCAUUCACAGACUUCUGCGUAAAGAUAAAGCCUGGCCUGGGGGGUGGCUGAAAAAAAGAAAAUACUGAUAAACUCUCACUUUUCCAGUUACAUGAUGUACAAAGAUGAAAAAUGUAGUUGUGACAUUUUUCCCUCAACGGUCUUAAUUUUACCUUCAUAUGAUGCAUUUUCUUAAUCUUAGUCUUAUUAUUAUUUUGAAAAUAUUUUAUAUUGAUAUUUUCAGGAUCUUGUGAAUUUGUUUACUUGUAUUCAGUUAACUGUGAAUGUUUGCAUGCAUCCUGCUUAUUAAACUUUUGUGGUUUGUGCAUUUUUCAAA